AUGGAAACCUCAUCUUUGCUUUCAUCCCUACAUGAAGACUGCAGAUCAGAGAACUACAUCGAACCUCAUUACAAGGAAUGGUACCGAGUAGCCAUUGACGCUUUAAUUGAAGGAGGUUUAGAAGCCUACAAAGAAUUUCUUUCCAAGGAGAGAUGUACAGAGUUCCUUGCAGAUGAGGAAAUUAAUUAUAUUUUGAACACUGUUCAGAAACUUCCUCCAAACACUGUUUAUUCCUCUGACAAUUCAGUUGAUGAUGCUUCUUCCUCGGGAACUUAUUGGCCUAUUGAAUCAGAUGUAGAAGCUCCAAACCUUGAUUUGGGUUGGCCCUUUCUCAUGCCUGGUAUUUCUGGUGGCACAAACAUCGAUCUGCUUUUUCACCCACCACGAGUACAGCCUUUCACAAUAAAGGAAACCAUUAGGAAGAUGAUAAGAGAAGCAAGAAAGGCCAUUGCCAUAGUUAUGGAUAUUUUUACAGAUGUGGAUAUAUUUAGAGAAAUUGUUGAGGCAUCUACCAGAGGAAUUGCUGUAUAUCUUCUUCUUGAUGAGUCCAAGUUCAGUCACUUUCUUAAAAUGACAGAAAAACAGGGCUGUCAAGUCCAGAGGCUCAGGAACAUGAGGGUACGAACAGUAAAGGGACAAGAUUAUUAUUCCAAAUCAGGAGCAAAAUUCCAUGGAAAGAUGGAACAGAAAUUUCUUCUAAUUGACUGUAAAAAAGUCAUGUAUGGUACUUACAGCUUUAUGUGGUCAUUUGAAAAAACCAACCUCAGCAUGGUUCAAGUUAUCACAGGACAGCUCGUUGAAUCUUUUGAUGAAGAGUUUAGGACACUCUAUGCUCGAUCAUCUGUUCCUAGUUCAUUCACACCAGAAUUAAUUAGGAUAAACAGUCGCAGGAUACUCUGGAAGAAUGACACAUACCAGCAUUCACUGUCAUCUUUAGCUUCAGUUUCUAGCCAGAGAAACCCAUUUGGUAGACAAGACAAAAUUCACAAUUUAGACCCAAUUUACUUGAAAACUCGAGGAAGAUAUGCAGUUAAUGAAAUAGAUAAAUAUGGUUUGAGAAAUAAAACCUACAAUAAGCUACCCUUUCAUUCAGGUAUGAAUAUGCAAAAUCAAAUCAACCAGUGUCAACCCACUGAAAGAAUUGAGCACUGGAAGAGACAUAGUUAUGCUGGAGAGAAACCAGAAAGGACUCCUUAUUUUCUGCUCAACAGAGCAAUGAAUUGGGUUAAUAAUCCACCAAAUACUUGGAAUAUGCCACCUGAUAACCUUAGUAUAGUGUCUUCAUUACGAGAAGGCUAUACAAAUAGCCACAAUGCACCUCAACAAAGUUUUGCUGACCAUUUUGCCCGACCAAAGAUUAAUCUUGUAGAAAGAAAUUCAAUCAUACGGAGAUCUUUCAAUGGAACAGAUCAUCAGAUCCGCCAUUUGCAACAGAGAAUGCCUACCCUUGAACACACUACAAAGUCUUUUCUACGUAACUGGCGAAUCGAGUCAUACUUAAAUGAUCAAUUAGAUUACUCAGCAGCUUCUAAUGGAUCAGCAGUGGGAGACCGGUAUAAUGGUUAUGAUGCAGCUGAAAAUAUUAAAGCUCAUGCCCUUUAUUCUCACUCUCGUCUGAGGUCAUCAUUGGUAUUUAAGCCAACUUUGCCAGAACAGCAGGAAGUAAGCAGCUGUGCAAGUUCUUCAAAUUCAACUAUAAUUGAUUCAGAGGGAAGUGAAACACCUAAAGCAGUAUCCAACCAUGCCCCAAGUCUGAAAAAUGUGAUUGACAAAAGCUCACCAAAACUCAGCACAGAAGUCCCACCUCAACCAGAUGCAGCAAAAAGCCAUGGAAUGCAGACUGUAGAAGACCAAAAACCUAGUUUAAACCCAAAUAUUAGUAAGAACUCAUCAGCAUUCUUGUACACAACCCUGUAUGCAGAUAAACAAGCUGAAAACAUGAAGAACCAACAAAAUGAAAAUAUAUUAAAAAGGCGAAGUUUCCCUAUGUUUGACAACUCAAAAUUCACGCUGGAUCCAGGUGUCAAAAAACAGGAAUGUAGCUAUGUAUAUAGCACACUGACUAGGCAUAGAAUUAAACAGCCAGUCAAUAUGAAGCCUCCCGAGGACACACUUAAAAGUUCCAAAAGCUUACACAAUGUGACCAACCAUGUACCACCUGAAGAUAAAAACAUCAAAGGAGAAUCAAAGAGCCCCACUACUGCCAAGGCAAUUUCUAUGGCUGCUCUUGCUGAAGCUAGCAAAGAGGAGCCUAGCAAAGAUUGCACUUCAAAGAAAGAAAAUAAAAAUUCCCCGAGUUUCCUGAAAAAGGGAUCCCAGAAACUGAAAUCAUUUCUCAAUCUCACACCAGACAAGAAAGAAAAUUUGUCAAAAAACAAAGCUCCCGCUUUUUACAGAAUGUGUAGCAGUUCUGAUACUCUGACUUCUGAAGGUGAAGAGAAUCAAAAGCCAAAAAUGUCUGAGACUAAAACUGAUACUUUCCCAAGAAGAAAAAGGAUUACAUCUUCAAAUUCACAAGGAAGCUUGCAUAAAAGUAAAGAAGAUGUUACUGCAAACCUUUCAAAGUCUCCAAAGUCACGAAAGUCACCAACACCUCUACCUGAUGAAAGCAAUAAAAAGUGUCCUCCUCUGUGCCCCAAAGAAAAUAAGUUCAUAGAAACUGCAGGAGAUGCAUCUGCUCCUAGAUUUAAUACUGAGCAGAUCCAGUACCAAGAUGUGAAAGAAAUGAUAACAAAUGCUACCCAUGAAACUGCACCUAUUUCAACCCCUUCACAAAGAGUAAAUACAGUGAUGCCUCAGCUUACAAUUGCAAAACAGAAAGAGGAGUUAUUAAGAUCUCAUUUGAAUGACAGACGUGUUUAUAGUCGCUAUGAGCAAUUCUGUAAAGUGGAACGAUCUGGUCAACUUUCAGAAAACACAACAAAUAGCAGUUCAUAUCCCUCAGAAAUGAAAAACAAACCCUUAGAGAACAACCAUGCCAGGGGUAAUCAGAUGGUUAAUUACAACUCAACUGCAUACCAUCCAUUACAGCCUAAUGAAAACAAGCUCCGAGGAUUUAUGCAAAAGUUUGGGAAUUUACUACAUAAAAACAAAUGACCUAAAUGGACGGAGGAUUAUUUGUAAAAUAGCCAGGGCAGCAAGGUUGUAAAUACUUAACUGGAAUUGAUCAAUGAGCAACUUUUGUACUUGGGUUUCUGCAGGUGUUAGAACAUUGUAAUUAAUGUAUAUGUUUUUACAUGAUGAAACAAGAAUUACUACACUUAAGUCAUUACAGAUAAUAUGUAUCUACAGUCAAUUUUAAAGGAGAUAUUUAUAGCACAAAUACUGUAAGAUUAUUUUGAAAUACUUUCCGUUGUACAGAAAGUAUGUAAUAAUAUGUUGUAAGAAAGUUUGAAAAGGAUGCAGGAUUAUUUUUAAACUUCAGCCAAUAAUGUUUUCAAAAUAUGUCCUUUAAAAUUAGGGUGGUCCUGAGAUAAAUGGCCUGCUGUGUAUUUUCAGCAUGUAUGUGCUCUUGUCAAUCCAUUACAUGUUACUUAGCCUUUUAAACUAAUUUAGAAAAGCCUCUUACAGGCUAUUUCUUGUCACUAAUUUUUCCCAUAGACAAUGUGGAAAUGUUAGGACAACAGUGGAAAACC